UGCCACCAGCAACAGCUGCCACGGGCUGUAGCUCUUGCAUCGAUGUUCCUCCAACUUUUCGUCGUCAAUAAAUCUGGAGGGUUAAUAUACAAUCAGAACCUGUCAUCCGCUGCACCGCGGUUGAACAGCAACGAUUGGCUUCGACUAGGCUCGACGUUCCACAGCUUGCACGCCAUCGCGGCUCAGGUCGCGCCAGUUCCAUCCUCGGGCAUCGAGAAGCUGGAGACGGACACGUUCAAGCUGCAGAGCUUCCAGACGCUCACGGGGGUGAAGUUCGUUAUAACCGCUGAGGCGGGCACGCCAGACCUCGGGGGCGUGCUGCAAGAGAUAUACGAGCUCUAUACGGACUACGUUCUCAAGAACCCCUUUUACGAGCUGGAGAUGCCAAUUCGUUGCGAACUGUUCACGCUGUACCUCGAGGAGCUCAUCGAGCGGCAUAGCAACGCUGGGGGGGCGCCAGGCGGAGGCGGUGGCGGCGGCAAAAAGCCCGCUGGUCAAUACUAGUCGAUGCGUUUCUGCUGUACAAAAUAGUUGUUUUUUGUGGUACGGGUUGCACACACGGUACGUUGCGUGCGUCGUCUGUUGAACGAAGUGCGUGCACGUAAGUGGCGGCGGGCAAGGCGUGCAUUGUGUUGCACGGCUAAAGGGCUUCUCGGGGAUAUUUCGAUGCUGUUUUGCUUUGGGUGACUUGUCCGAAUGCGCGAUAUGUUUCGCCAAAAGCCACGAAACAAAUGAUGUCUGGUCAAUCCCUCUGCAGAAGAGUGACGCGUGGCGAGCGCCCGUCUCUGGAUGUGCUUAUU